UAUAUAUAUAUAAAUAUGUAUAUUUUUUUGUUACAUUUUAUCAAAGUUUUCACCAGUGUUCACCUGGCUCAACAGCCAGGUGAACACUGGUUUGGUGAGUUUUGAAGCAUCCUGAGGGGGUCAAAGUAGGGCUCAAAGUGUCGGCGGGACAAAGAAUGACUGCUAGGGGGCGCUACAUAGUGUAUUCGGAAUUUUUCUUUACACGGUAUCAAAGAUUGCACCUGUCUUGACCUGCCUGCCAAUUUUUGUGCAUUUUGAAGCAUUCUAAGGGGGUCAAAUUCAGCUUAAAGGGGCUGCGGAACAAAGAAUAACUAUAAUAAUAAUAAAACCGAGGAACCACGAUAGGUUACCUAAAAAAACAGUCACCUGCAUGUCCAUACUGUUCAGUUAUGGAUGUGUUCUAAGUCAAAUAAAAUCCAACUUUUAAUUUUUUUUUACCAAAUCACAACAAGUUAUCUGAAGGAGAAAACAAAACAUGUUUUAAGGUGCAGUAGCCCUACGCUGGAUUUCGACCUACUUGAGCAUUGUAGAUUUUUUUUUUUUUUUUUGCCCCCCCAGGUAAGAUUAAUGCCCACCCACACCUGGCAUCCUGAUAACAACACCGGACGCCGUCUUAUUAUAGAUCCCACUCACCAACGUCACACAAUGACGUGUCGCCGUAUAUUACCAUAUUAUAUACCAUAUACCACCAUAUUGUCCGUCAUUGUUUAUCCGUAUUCUCAAUGGUUUCAAUUUGUCGUGCAAUUUAUAGUGCAAUUCAUGGUGCUUUCAGACGCUGUAAACUCAUUGGAUGCGUUGCAUAAAAGGCAUUAUGUGGAAAAGCUUCAGUCUAUCCAUUCGCCAGAUCCAUAUUUGAUGCCUAAAUCGAUAUUUUUGACCCGCUGUCUUCGCCGUCUCUGCCUGACAUCUGCUACCCUGAUAUCUACAGCUAUCUUGUCCACAGAAACUCAGCCUAUUCUCACGAAACUUUGAAAAACUUUAAGAGCAGCACUCUCAGCAACAUUACCCCGUGUGACCCUUUACUUUCAAUUUUCUAAAAUGGCGACAAUUAAUAAAAAAAAAAAGUUGACUGCGAUGGCCGACGCUUCAAGCAUAGGUGGAUAUUGGACUAUUUCUUCAUGACAAUACGCAACAACUGUGUCUGCCUCAUUUGCAAAGAGACAGUGGCUGUUUUCAAAGAGUUCGAUGUGACGCAAUUUUACCAAAAAAGAAACGCUGACAUGUACGACAACAUUACAAGGAAGAUACGCAGCGAGAAAUUAUAGCAACUUGAAGCUAGUUUAAUUUCACAGCAGCAGUAUUUCGCAAGAGCCCGAGUGUCAAAAGAGAACGCCACAAAGGCGAGAUUGUUGAAAUUAUGAAUUUAAAAAAAUAAUAAUAAAGCAAAUGUGACACACAGAAGGGCUUGCUAAAAAUUGUUUAAAUAUAUUGUUCUACGUAAAUCAGCCAAGGUAGCCCCCCACAUUUUUACCGGCGAUUAGCCUCGCAAUGAUCUUAAUUGUGGUUGUCAGCCCAAAACCUUCUAAAUAUAUAUUAAAUGCAUCUUACCAGGUAUAAAAUGACCACUACAUAGUAUGUGGUGAUCGUUUGGUGCUCAGUUUUCUCGUCGAAUUGCAGCAGUCCAUCUCGCUCUCCUCUCCGGGUCUCUCGGAAUACGGUAGAACUUCAAGUCUCUUCGUCUAUCCUCUCUGUUACUGCAACCAACCGCCACACACGCCUUCACCAUUUUGAUUAUUAAUGUUAACGAGCAGAAAAACACGCAUAAUAGGAGGAAUUUACGUAGCGGUAAUGCGUAAACACGAUGAGCUGACGGACAAUAUGGCGCGGAGACGGGGUUGUGACAUCAUGUGAGUAGGGUCUAUACAAGUACCUGCCCUUUUCGUUCUUCCUAAUAGUAACACUGAGAAAAGCUGUCUGGACGUUGCCACUUCCUGGUUCUAAACUGUCCCACAUUAAAUGUACAGUACAUAAAUAAAGCAUUAUUCAAAUGUAUACAUGUGUCUUUGUUGUGAAUUACUUCUGUCGCACGACCAGUUCUUGUCUUUUUUUUUUUUCUUCACGCGACCUCCACUCGCGCCACUGUUUGCUGGCAGGAACCGAACUUCUCACCUGGUUGUCGGCCACUUCUGGAUGACUGCUUCUUGAGGAUGACUUCCAGCCCUGACAUGUGCUUUGUGAGUGUGUUGGAGUCACGGCCAGCACCAGACGGGUGGAGUGAUGGCAGGUUUCAUCAAUAAUCGUCACCUAACUACUUAGGCCAGCCGGAGCACUGCUACGUCACUGGAUUGUCCCUCUCAGUUAGUUCACUGACUUUGGUUUUGUCUCUCACGCCCUGGUCCUCCAUGCUACGGAUUCUAAGGCCUCCGAAGCCCCCACACCUGGCUACCUGUCUUGUGGCUUAAAUAACAUGAUUUGACGCCAAAUCCUCACCUGCUUUAGGGUCCACAGCGCACGACCGUGACACCAUCAUGAUGGAAUCAAAUUGCAUUUCCUGGUUAACUUCUUCAAAGUGUGCAGGAGACUACUGAUGCCUCAGUGUAUGACUUGAAUCUCCAACUUGAGGAUUAGGGAGACACACGUACAGUUAAUAGAAAAGAAAGGAUCUUUGUCCACUCGAGAAAAGAAAUGGACCGGCAGCAUAGCUUCUAUCGUCAUGUGGAUGUCCAGGACCACGUUCACUACAUUGUUGCCUUUUUUGUCUUGGUGAUCGGAACAGUGGGCAUAACUGGAAAUGCCUUGGUCAUGUAUGCAUUUUUUUGUAACAAGAAGCUACGCACUCCUCCAAACUUCUUUAUCAUGAACCUGGCAGUCAGCGACUUUCUUAUGGCCAUCACACAGUCGCCCAUUUUCUUUGUCAACUCCCUCUACAAAGGCUGGAUUUUUGGUGAAACAGGUUGUAAAAUCUAUGCCUUCUGCGGUGCCUUAUUCGGAAUCACAUCAAUGAUCAACCUUCUGGCCAUCUCUAUUGAUCGCUACAUCGUCAUCACUAAGCCACUACAGGCCUUACAGUGGACCUCCAAGCGACGCACUUGCUUCAUUAUUUGUCUGGUUUGGCUGUACUCUCUAUUCUGGAGCCUCGCACCGCUUCUGGGGUGGAGUUCUUACAUACCAGAGGGACUGAUGACCUCAUGCACAUGGGACUACGUGACAUCGACCCCGGCCAAUAAAAGCUAUACCUUGAUGUUAUGUUGCUUUGUCUUCUUCAUCCCACUGGGCAUCAUAUCCUACUGCUAUCUGUGCAUGUUCCUGACUACUCGCCAUACCAGCAGGGAAGUGGAGAAGUUGGGCUCUCAGGUGAGGAAGACGAUGCUGAUUCAGCAGCAGACCAUCAAGACUGAGUGGAAAUUAGCCAAGAUCGCCUUUGUAGUGAUCAUCGUCUUUGUGCUCUCCUGGUCACCCUACGCUUGUGUCACUCUCAUCGCCUGGGCAGGAUAUGCAAGCAUCCUUAACCCCUACUCCAAAGCUGUUCCUGCAGUUAUUGCCAAAGCUUCGGCCAUCUACAACCCUUUCAUCUAUGCUAUCAUUCACUCUAAAUACAGGGACACUCUAGCUGAAAACGUACCCUGUCUACACUUCCUAGCCAAGGUUCCCCGGAGGGAGGCCAUGUCAGUGUCGCAUUGCCAGUCAUCCUUCAGGGAUUCACUGAUGAGCAGACAGUCAUUUGUUUCCACAAUGAACACUCAGGUUUGGAGUGAUGUGGAACUGGAUCCAAUGGACCAUAGCCCAUGUCUGAGAUCCAGCUAUUCCCUUGGAGCACUAAAGAAAAAGGAUCAAAGCCAAGACAAAAGACCACAAUGACCGUGCAGACACCAAUCCCAGAGAGAAGUGCACUCCGAACAUGUGACCUGAGUCGCGGUCGCGCUAUAGGGUCAUUGAAGGAAAGGGGACGAGAAGGAGCCUGAAGACUAGGUCUUCUCGAAGAAAGUGGGUAUACAUGAAGAACACAGCCGUGGCAAACCCAGAAGGAAGGUGAUGAAAAAGUCACACGGGCUCCAGCCAGACUUUCUGGACAACAAUCAACAUCCACUCCCCCGCUGGACGAUGUGAAAAAACAAAGACUGGAUCCGUACUUGAUUUAUAGUGUCUGGGUUGCUAAAGUAAACUCUUGGAGUCGGGAGCAAGUUUCUUUUCCUCAUCAAGUAAAUGUUGAAUACUACAACCCUGGCAAUUUUUUUUUCUUCAGAAUUGAAUGAUUCCAUCAUUCCUCCCCCCUGCUUGGCUGGAAAAAGUAAAUGUUGGAUGAUGACUACCACAAUUGUAUUUUUCUUGAUUUCUUUUAGUGUUUCCUAAAACCAAUAAGUUGCCAUUUGAAAUAACUUUAGUUUUAGGUCAUGUUAUUAAGCUAUAGUGGUUCCUCUACUUAAGAACGUCUCUACAUAAAGAAUUUUUGCCUCUAUGGGAAAAUAUUGCCUCUUGUUACGAAAGAAAUUAAAGGAUAACAAAGGCAAAAAUACAGUACGGCUGGUACCCGCAAAUCCCAGAGUUUACUGAACGUAACAUACUUAUAGCCGCUUUGCAAUUGGCUAUUGCCCAGCAGUCCUGGCAUCCAAUUGGCUAAGAGGGACCUCUACUGUAUGUGUAUGUGUGGAUCUCAUGUUCUGACAGCUUUACAUGAGUGUAUUAACUUUGAUUCUUUACUCUUAUUUUUGUUUUUUACAUUAUGCACAACUCAGAUUUUAUGUUUAUUGUGCAAUAAUAUAAUUGUAACGUAUAUUUGUUACAUGUUUUGAUGCAUUUUAUACAUUAUAAAAGAUCUACUGUAUGUCUGAAUUUUGCGGGGCUUCGAACGGAUUAGGGCAUAUACAUGGAAAAUGUUUCUCUACUUACAGAAUUUUCAAGUUAAGAAACUACUUCCAGAACUAUUUAAAUUCAUAAGUAGAGGUAACACUCUUUGUAAUUGAUUUUCACAGCAUGGUUAAAGAAAUACAAUUCAGUUUUUUUUGUUUUUUUUUUGCAAUGAACAAACAAUUCUCAUCCAAAAUAAAGAAUCCAGAUGCAUAUUGGAUAUCUGCAAAUGUAAUUACAGAUGGAAUAUUCCUGUAAAUAUCCAGUUUGAUGGCGUAAAAACAAACCAACUAGUGAUGUUCUGAAUUCAUUUGUUAAAACACUUGAAAUAAAAAU